AUGAGGGAGCGGCCGCCCCUGCCCGCAGGCUGCGAGGGGAGGCGGGGAGCGAAGGGGCCGCGCGGCUCGGCAGCGCUGGAGCCGCGCGGCGGCGCGGGGGGAUCCGGCAGCAGCGGGGACACCGUCGGCUUCGUCCCGGAGGAGGCGGCGGGGGCCGGUGGGCUGCUGCUCGGGCCUUACACGGAGCAGGACGGGCUGCCGCCGGCCGAGCUGCUGCUCUGCCAGCUGCCCGAGGCGGGCGGCGGCGGGCACGGGCUGGCCGAGGGCCGGGGCUGGCGCUGCUCCUGCUGCCUCUUGGGCACCUGCUGGUGCAAGAGCUGCCUCGGCGUGUGCGUCCUGGCCGCCCUCUGCUUCGCCUCGCUGGCCCUGGUGCGCCAGUACCUGCGGGACCUGCUGCUCUGGGCCGAGAGCCUGGACAGCCUGGCCGGCGUGCUGCUCUUCACCGUGGGCUUCAUCGUCGUGUCCUUCCCCUGCGGCUGGGGCUACAUCCUGCUCAACGUGGCCGCCGGUUACCUCUACGGCUUCAUGAUGGGCAUGGGGCUCAUGGUGCUCGGCGUCCUCGUCGGCACCUUUGUCGCCCACGUGGCCUGCAAGCGGCUGCUGGCCCGCUGGGCACGGAGCAGGAUCCAGGGCAGCGGGACGCUCAGUGCCAUCGUCCGCGUCGUGGAGGGCGGCAGUGGCCUCAAGGUGGUGGUUGUGGCGCGCCUGACGCCGAUCCCCUUCGGGUUGCAGAAUGCCGUCUUCGCGAUUACAGAUUUGUCACUACCCAACUACCUGAUGGCUUCUUCAAUUGGGCUGCUUCCUACUCAGAUCCUGAACUCGUACUUGGGCACUACCUUGCGCACCAUGGAGGAUGUGAUUGCAGAGCAAAGUGUUAGUGGUUAUUUUAUAUUCGGUUUACAGAUUGUCGUAAGCAUAGGACUCAUGUUUUAUGUUGUUCACCGAGCUCAAGUGGAACUGAAUGCAGCUAUUGCAGCGUGUGAAAUGGAAAUGAAGACAUCGCUUGUUAAAGACAGUCAGCCAAGCCUCACUGGUUCAACCACGUACUGCAACAAAAGGACAGUAGCAUUCGCUGGAGGAGGUGUCAAUAUUGUGUGAUUUCAAGUAUUAAUAAUUAAGUAAGGUUUUUUGAACCUGAGCUAUCACCUAGAAAUGUCUAUGGACAAUUGAAAUAGAUUUUUUUAAAAAAUUGCAAGUGAUUACAGGUUGUACUGUGGCACAAAUCAACCGACCAGCUUUUCAAUUGCACAGGGGUGACUUCUAGCAAGAAAAGGAAGAUGGCAAAGUAACUUAAGAUGUAAAUGCAAAUUUGGCUGCACCUUUGGUCAUUUAUUAUGCCUGUCAUGGCCUGUAGUCUGCACUUUAGUUUUUUUUCCUUUGCUCCUAUAAACUGAGAAAUGCUUCUAUAAACUGAGAAAAGUAGCACAGAGGUAAAUAUUUUUCUGCUUAGCAUUAUUUAUAAGGCUGAAUAACUAUAUGCAGUAGAAUUUUAUUACUGAUAAAGAUGAAUGAGAAGGUAUGCAACUCAGUGUGUUAUUCUUGAAUGUGCUUUUGAUUUGGAAUUGCUUCCAGAAGUUAGAGUGUAUUAUUUAGCUAAUGAUGGGACCAUUUGGCUUUUUCUUCAUUUUUGAUUUAAAAAAAUAGAAACCUAUAUAAAGUUUUGGUUGAAUGUAUUUUUCUAAGGCAUUACAAAUGUUGCAGAGCCAUUAUGUAUUCACACAAGCUUAAAUCCUACAUUGUGGGACUGAAGUGCUCUUAAAUUACAUUUUAAGUUACACUGUGUAAUAUGCAAAGUACAAGGGAAAAUGCAGAAGCUAGAUUGCAGUGACUAUUUGAAGGAGACUUCAUUGGUUUUGCCACCUUGGUGAUUGUAACAAAGGGCUGUUCCACGUUAGUCCUAUUUAUAGUAUUUUUAAUUGCUAAAAGGAUGGAGUUUUUCAGCUCACAUGACUACAGGUAGUAAGACUUCCAGAACAGGGAGCUAAAUCUCUCCUUUAAACAGAAUGAUAGGAUACUGACAGUACUAAUUUUACAAGAAGGUGGCCUUUAUUUUGUAAGUGAAUCUCCCCUCCCUUUAAAAAGCUUUAAAAAUUCACUUUGGUUGGCACGUUUUUUGUACAAGUUUUACAUUUUUAAAAAGAUGCAAUCUAUUACAAAUUUCAUCAGAGUGAAGAAAUGAAAACUAGAGAUUCUCCUUGGAAAAUAAAUAAUCCAGUAAUGGAGGAGGACAGCAAUGUCUCUGAGACUCAGGAAUUCUGACUCCAUUUUUGCAAGACAACACUGUAUUGGAUACUGCUCCUUUUACGCGUGCUGUGGACUGUUUUUCACUGAGUUUGAAUAGACUGGAUAACCUGAUAGUAACUUGUGUGUAUAAAAGGAAAACAACAAUAAUGCCUGCCUGAACACGAUGUUCUGUAUGUGUGAUUUCAUGUAGAUAUACAUAGCAAUGUUCAACUGCUCAAACACAGGCAAGUCAUCUGAUACAGAAAUAAUGUAAAGUAUUGCUUAUUUUGUAGUUAUUUUGUGUGAGUUUUUAAGGAUGCCUUCAGGCUUCAAAAUUUUGUGUUAUUUUCUAACAGUACGACUGUGCCUCCUUUUUGUAAGGUUGUUUGUAGGGUCCAAAUGUUUUUUUCUUCUUCAGAAUAGCAGGUCUUCAAGGUUAUUGGGAAGCUGAGGUCUGGUAUCCUCCAACAGCCUUACUGAGGGGACGUGUGGUAGUCGUGUAACUGGACAUCUACGCAUUCCGUCGUAGUGGAAGUUCCAUUUUGUUCUUUAAAUUUGUGUCCUUUGCAGACUGGUAUUCUUGGGUCUUGUGACCUAAGGAACUGAACUAGUUCAAUGAAAACAACAAAGUUCA